AUGCCGUCUUUUUUCACCGUACAAUCUCUCUUCUCGGUUUACUCCGCCGUCGCCUGCAUCUUCUUCCUUCUUCUCUCUCCGGCUUUGGCGUCCGAGUCAGAUCACAAGUAUCAACCUGAUGAGCAAGUUACCCUGUGGGUGAACAAAGUUGGCCCAUAUAAUAAUCCACAAGAAACAUAUAACUAUUAUAGCCUUCCGUUUUGCCGCCGUAAUGAAAACAGUGUUCAUAAAUGGGGUGGUCUUGGUGAAGUUCUUGGUGGAAAUGAGCUCAUCGACAGCCAGAUAGAAAUAAAGUUCUUGAAAAAUGUUGACAGAAGUGUAAUCUGUCAGUUGGAACUCGAUGACGCUAAGGUCAAGCAUUUCAAAGAUGCCAUCGAAAAUAGCUACUGGUUUGAAUUAUUUAUGGAUGAUCUGCCUUUGUGGGGCUUUGUUGGCGAGCUGUCUCCUGGGAAAAAUAGCGAAAACAGCAAGCAUGUUCUUUACACACAUAAGAAUAUUAAUGUCAAAUACAACAAAGACCAGAUUAUUCAUGUGAAUCUCACUCAAGACAAUCCAAGGCCGUUGGAAGCAGGGAGGACAGUGGAGCUGACAUAUUCUGUGAACUGGAUUCCAACCAAUGUCACAUUUGCUCGUCGUUUUGAUGUUUAUCUAGACUAUCCAUUCUUCGAACACCAGAUCCAUUGGUUCUCCAUCUUUAACUCGUUCAUGAUGGUUAUAUUCCUUACUGGUUUGGUUUCAAUGAUCCUAAUGAGGACUCUCAGAAAUGAUUAUGCCAAAUAUGCUCGGGAAGACGACGAUCUGGAGAGCUUGGAACGGGAUGUUAGUGAAGAAUCUGGAUGGAAACUCGUGCACGGAGAUGUGUUCCGUCCACCUCGUAGUCUGGUUCUUCUCUCGGCUGUUGUUGGUACAGGCGCGCAGUUGGCUUUGCUUGUUCUUCUUGUCAUAUUAAUGGCAAUCAUUGGGACACUCUAUGUUGGGAGAGGAGCGAUCGUCACAACUUUUAUAGUUUGCUACGCUCUGACGUCAUUUGUUUCUGGUUAUGUGAGCGGUGGGAUGUACUCAAGAAGUGGGGGUAAACAUUGGAUCAAGUGCAUGAUCCUCACGGCUUCUCUCUUCCCAUUCUUGUGCUUCGGGAUUGGAUUCCUCCUAAACACAAUCGCCAUAUUUUACGGAUCUCUUGCGGCUAUUCCCUUUGGAACAAUGGUGGUUGUUUUUGUAAUUUGGGGUUUCAUUUCGUUCCCUCUUGCCCUCCUUGGGACAGUCGUAGGUAGAAACUGGAGUGGUGCUCCAAACAAUCCAUGCCGUGUGAAAACCAUCCCGCGUCCAAUCCCUGAGAAAAAAUGGUACUUGACUCCAUCAGUAGUCUCUCUUAUGGGUGGUCUCUUACCCUUUGGCAGCAUCUUUAUUGAAAUGUACUUUGUCUUCACAUCCUUCUGGAAUUACAAGGUAUACUAUGUGUACGGGUUCAUGCUGCUUGUCUUUUUGAUUCUGGUUGUCGUGACUGUCUGUGUGACGAUCGUGGGGACUUAUUUCUUGCUCAACGCGGAAAACUAUCACUGGCAAUGGACUUCGUUCUUCUCUGCUGCUUCGACUGCAGUUUAUGUCUACAUAUACUCAAUCUAUUACUACUACGUAAAAACAAAGAUGUUUGGGUUUUUCCAAACCAGCUUCUACUUCGGAUACACCUUGAUGUUCUGUCUCGGCCUCGGAAUCCUUUGCGGAGCUGUUGGGUACUUAGGAUCGAAUCUGUUUGUUAGGAGGAUCUACAGAAACAUCAACGCCAUCGUCGGAACUUCAUUCAUCCGCCGUCACACAGCUCCGACAACAAGCCUCCGUUCCCUCUCUCCUUCCAACACACAAUCCCUCUUCGGUCUCAAAUCAUCCACCGUUCGCGGCGGACGUGUCACCGCCAUGGCUACAUACAAGGUCAAAUUGAUCACUCCCGAUGGUGAACAAGAGAUCGAGUGUCCUGACGACGUUUACAUCCUCGACGCAGCCGAAGAAGCAGGACUCGAUUUGCCUUACUCUUGCCGUGCUGGUUCUUGUUCAAGCUGUGCAGGUAAAGUUGUGUCUGGAGAUGUUGAUCAGUCUGACCAGAGUUUCCUCGAUGAUGACCAGAUUGGUGAAGGAUUUGUUCUCACUUGUGCUGCUUAUCCUACCUCUGAUGUUACCAUUGAAACCCACAAAGAAGAUGACAUGGCCUAA